GGGCCACGGCCAUCCUUCCUAUCCUAGCGUGAAUGUAACGCGAAAAAACUUCAGCUCUCUCGUUUGGAGCCGGACCCACAGACCACAGUCGACAAUUAUCUCUUUUCUUCUGCGCUCUCCUCCCUACAUCAAUUGCUAUUCAUUAUUUCUACCACCAGAGUGACUGCGCUGGGAGAUACAGAGUUUGGCGUUUCGCUUUCGGAAGUCGCAGAGAAGAUCGGACGGUUGACGGAAGAAAGAAAAGAGAGGCGGAUACGAGAUAUGUCGGCUACCGGCGGCGGCGGGCAGGAGGAAGACAAGAAGCCCGGGGAUCAGGGAGGUCACAUCAACCUCAAAGUCAAGGGCCAGCUAGGAAAAGAAGAAGAAAAAAACUAGUUGCCAGGAAACAAGUAGUGAUUUUGAAAUCAGGAUAUAUGGGAUGUUGUUCUGUUCACUGCUAGAUAAAUUGGUGGCUGCGACUGCAUCUUUGAUCCUCCAGAUGAAAUGGGUUGCUUGCUUUUAUCUUAACUUGGUACUUGGGUGAUUUGGCAUUCUGCUUGUAUUCAGUACUUUCCAACUAGCUCCUACCUUGUUGGUGUUUUCUGUUUUUAUUUACCUAACAAUGUCUUGAUUUUGCAGGAUGGGAACGAGGUGUUCUUCAGGAUCAAGCGCAGCACCCAGCUUCGCAAAUUGAUGACAGCAUACUGCGAUAGACAGUCGGUGGACCUCAACUCCAUCGCGUUCCUGUUCGAUGGUCGUAGGCUGCGUGUCGACCAGACCCCAGACGAGGUGCUUGAAAUGGAAGAUGGAGAUGAAAUUGAUGCAAUGCUGCACCAGACGGGUGGUUUCCGAGGAUGGCUUUAACUUGUACGUAGUAGUAGUAAGGGACGGGGAUUAUUAUAUGCCUUGAGAGAGCUGAUGGACAUCGAAACUGGAAGUUUGGUUCUGUUCUAACAAUACGCUGGAUUUUGUAAUAGUUUCAAAGAGUCGUGUGAUUACGCUUCUGUUGUUUCCUGCUGUUUCCGAUGUUAUGGCCAUGCUUUCUACCAAAUCAAGCAAUGAUUUUGUGUGCGGUCUCGCAGUGGUCAUAGUAUUCUGAGAGGACAAAAC